AUGAAUGGUACUGCUGAGCAAAGGCAACUUAUUCUUACAGGAGAAGUAAUUCACCAGAAGGCUCUUGAGUUUGCAGCAUUGUUAGGAGUUCCAGAAAGUGAUUUUAAAGCAUCUGAUACAGAAAGUGUCCUGAUAGAAUUUUUGCCCCAAUUUCGUGAAGAGCUAAAAGAUCUCUUAAAGUUAUAUGAACCGCGAGACAUUUUUAAUGCAGAUAAAUGUAAUGGUACUGAAAAAAUCAAGCCUUUGGUUAUUAACAAGUCCCGUAUGCUAUUGGCAUUUUACCAUGAAGGAAUUACAUCACAUAACCAACUUUCUGUUGAUUAUUAUCAUAAUGAAAAGGCGUGGAUGUGUCAAGAUAUUUUUAAG